AAAGCAAGAAAGAAGGCAAAGCUAAGUUGCCUUUGAUACUGGUCUAAUAGUCCUGCUUGUCAGCACAUGCAAUCCACUUUCUACAACAAAAUCCACUUUGGACCCCAAAUUUAUUACCUCUCCCACAAGAAAAGCACAUCACUCACAUCUUCCAUAUAUUUCACACACCUUACUUCCUCUACACCUCCUCUCUCCUCUUUCUCUCCUCUCUCUCUCUCUCCCUUUAGACCAAACUAUCAUCUAUCUCAUCUUCCAAUAUUCACAAUUUUCAUUCAAUAACACCUAUGAUCAUCAACCCUUCUCCCUUUUAUAUAUUAUCAUCAUAACAAACCCUAGCUUCCAUGUUCCAUCCAUAUAACUAUCUUACUACUCACUCACUCACUAUUGAAUUUUAGCUUCUCUUCUCUUUAUUGCUUUUACUUACCCUAUAAGAAAGUUGAUAAUAUCAUAAAGAUGAGAACAGGAAAUUGUUCUUUGCAACAAGGCUUAACUACAGAUGCUGCAAACAUAGUAAAGCAAGCAAUAACCCUAGCAAAGCGCCGCGGCCAUGCGCAAGUAACACCACUCCAUGUAGCAAACACCAUGCUUAGUGUUACAAAUGGUUUGUUAAGAACAGCUUGUCUUCAAUCUCACUCUCACCCUCUUCAAUGUAAAGCCUUAGAGCUUUGCUUCAACGUCGCGCUCAAUCGCUUGCCAGCGACGACUUCUAGCCCUAUGUUAGGUUCUCAUCAUUCUCAAUCUCAGUAUCCUUCUUUCGCAAAUGCUUUGGUUGCUGCCUUUAAGCGCGCUCAAGCUCAUCAACGCCGUGGAUCGAUUGAGAAUCAGCAGCAACCGCUUUUAACGGUGAAGAUUGAGCUUGAGCAGCUCAUUAUUUCAAUUCUUGAUGAUCCUAGUGUUAGUAGGGUUAUGAGAGAAGCAGGGUUUAAUAGUACUCAAGUGAAAACCAAUGUUGAACAAGCUGUUUCCUUGGAAAACACUUCUUCUAUAAAGGAAAACAAUGAUCAAACUCUCUCUUCUCAAUCUCAAGAGAAAGUUUCCAACAAAGCAUUGGUUUUGGAUCCAACUAGGGUUGAAGAUAUCAACAGUGUUGUUGAGAGUUUAAAGAUGAAUCAAAGAAAAAGUGUUGUUGUUGUAGGAGAGUGUGUGAGUAAUCUUGAAGGUGUAGUUAAAGGAGUGAUGGAAAAAUUUGAGAAAGGAGAAGUUGAUGAGUCACUUAAAGGUGUUAAGUUUGUGUCACUUUCUCUUUGUGACUUUGGCAAUGUUUCAAGGGUACAAGUUGAGGAAAAAGUUGAAGAGCUUAAGAAACUAGCAACAAAGAGUUUUCAUGGAAAAGGGUAUGUUUUGUAUCUUGGAGAUCUUAAAUAUUUGUUUGAUUAUAAAAAGCAACAAGGGAUUAGAGGAUAUUAUUCUUCCAUUGAUCACAUGAUAAUGGAGAUUGGAAAACUUGUUAAUGGUGUUGGAGAAAAUGGAAAGUUUUGGUUGAUGUGUAUUGCUACUUUUCAAGCUUAUAUGAGAUGUAAAAAUGGACAACCAUCACUUGAAACUAUUUGGAAUCUUCAUCCUAUCACUAUUCCUGCUGGAACCUUGAAAUUUAGUCUCAUCACUAACAGUGGUAUAGAAAAUGAGUCAAGAAAUGAAAAAGAUGAGACUAGAACAAGCUGGCUAUUGCAUGAAGGAGUAGGAGAUGAUCAGAUAACUCAAAAACAACAAGAAACUGCUUGUUUUGGAGAACCUUCAAGAAAAAAUGAGACUGAAGUUAGAAGCAGCUUGCAGAGAAUGAGUUCUUUCAAAAGUGAUUCUUCAAGUUCAAGUCUUCCUGCAUGGCUACAACAAUACAAAAAUGAGAAUAAAGGAAUCACCAAUAAUGAUCAGGAGAAUUGUGUUCAAGUGGGAGACCUUUGCAAAAAGUGGAACAACUCUAUGUGUGGUUCAACCCAAACACAAACCUAUCAUUGUGAUGAUAAAAUCCUCACAUUAUCUUCAGCAUCACCUUCUUCAUCCACUUCAGGAUUCUCCUAUGAGCAACAACAAUAUCCAAAUGUGUCACAAAGCGAUCGCGAUCGUUCCGAUCACCAAUUUUGGAUAUCUCAAAUUCAAAGUGGAAGCAAGUUCAAUGAACCUUCUAACCCUAAUUCAACUUCUUCUAGUGAGCUUAUGGAAAUGGAGCAAAUUAACAAGUUCAAAGAGCUCAAUUUAGAGAAUAUGAAAACUCUAUGCAAUGCUUUGGAGAAAAAGGUUCCAUGGCAAAAAGAUAUAAUACCGGAAAUCGCGAGCACGGUUUUGCAAUGUCGAUCCGGUUUGACAAAAAGAAAAGGAAAUUUGAGAAACAUUUAUCAUGAUCCUAAAGAAGAAACAUGGUUGUUUUUCCAAGGUCUUGAUUUGGAAGGUAAAGAGAAAAUAGCAAAAGAAUUAGCUAGGCUUGUGUUUGGAUCUUACAACAAUUUCACUUCAAUAUCAUUAAGUAGUUUUGCUUCAACAAGAGGUGAAUCAAGUGAGGAAAGUAGAAACAAAAGAUCAAGAGAUGAAGCAAGUUGUAGUUUCAUUGAAAGAUUUGGUGAUGCAAUGGCAAAUAACCCUCAUAGGGUUUUUCUAGUUGAAGAUAUAGAGCAAGUUGAUUAUUGUUCACAACUUGGUUUCAAAAGGGCUAUUGAGAAAGGAAGAGUUUUGGAUUCAAAUGGUGAAGAGGUUGGUUUUUGUGAUGCUAUUAUUAUUCUUAGUUGUGAAAGUUUUAGUUCAAGAUCAAGAGUUUGUUCUCCUAUACAAAGAUCCUCUCAAGAAGACAAAGAUGAUAAUGAUGAUGAUGAUGUUAAUGUUGCUACUUUGGAAGAAACAAGUUCUUAUGUUUCUUUGGAUUUGAAUAUUUCUAUUGAUGAUAAUUAUGAGGAGGAUGAUAGGUUAGUUGAUGAAAUUGGGCUGCUUGAAUCCGUAGACAGAAAUAUUCUCUUCAAAAUUCAGGAAUUGUGAAGAAUUUUUUUUCAUGAACACAUAGUCUUUUUCUAGCUAGGAGUUUCUUAAUUUCCUAUGUUCUUCAUCAUGUCUUUGUAUUUCUUAGCCAUUAAUUUUAGUUCCCUUUAAUUUUAUUAUGUAACUAGAUGUAUAUUAGUAGGUAUAUGUACUAUCUCUUUUAUAGGAGUUUGAAA